AUUUGUAUACGCAGCAGCCGCUACGUUCAGUCUUUAUUCUGCCGGUUGCCAAAAGAAAAAAGGGAAAAACGCCGCUUUUUCAAUUAGUUUGUUGUAAAUUGGUAUAAGCUGUUUUAAAAAUGAGUCGCCGACGCGCACACGAUACCGAGGAUGAGAGUUUCGACCACAGGCGAAACAAGCGACGCCGCGUCUCAGAGAACCAGGAGAUCGAGGACCGCUUGGAGUCGCUGAUAUUGCGUGUGGGGGAGCGUAGUACCUCGUCGGUGGAGUCGAAUCUCGAGGGUCUUGUCUCAGUGCUUGAGGCCGAUCUGGGCACAUUCCGUUUGAAGAUCCUGCGCAUUCUGUCCGAUUGUGCAGUCCGCAUGCCCGAAAAGUGCACCGUAUACACGACCCUGGUGGGACUGCUUAAUGCCAAGAACUAUAAAUUCGGUGGCGAGUUCGUCGAUCAUAUGGUGAAAACGUUUAAGGAGUCUCUCAAGCUAUGUCGCUGGGACGCAGCACGAUAUUCACUUCGUUUUCUAGCCGACUUGGUCAACUGUCACGUCAUCUCGGCCACCAGUUUACUACAGCUGUUGGACACAAUGAUCGAUGUGUCCAAUGAGGACACAGUGCCGCAAGUGCGCCGCGAUUGGUUUGUGUUUGCGGUGCUCUCCACUCUUCCGUGGGUGGGCCGUGAUCUAUAUGAAAAGAAGGAGUCGGCACUGGAGUCCCUACUGUUGCGUAUCGAGGUGUAUUUGAAUAAGCGCUCGAAGAAGCAUCACAAUGCGCUGCGCGUCUGGUCGUCGGAUGCGCCACAUCCGCAGGAGGAGUAUCUGGACUGUUUGUGGGCGCAGAUACGCAAACUGCGGCAGGACAACUGGGCAGAGAAGCAUAUACCGCGCCCCUACCUCGUCUUUGACUCCAUACUGUGCGAGGCACUGCAACAUAAUUUGCCGCAGAUCACGCCGCCGCCCCAUCACGCUUCGUUUGAGUAUCCAAUGCCGUGGGUGGUCUAUCGCAUGUUCGACUAUACCGAUUGCCCCGACGGACCCAAUCUGCCGGGUGCCCACUCAAUCGAGCGUUUCCUGAUUGAGGAACAUCUGCAUCAUAUAAUCGAGACGCAUCAUCAUGAGCGCAAAGACUGCGCUGCACAGCUGCUCAACUUCCCAUUCAAGCACAAGAUCCCCUUGGAAUACUGCAUUGUGGAGGUCAUCUUUGCGGAGCUCUUCCAUAUGCCGACGCCACGCUAUCUGGACAUUUGCUAUGGCUCCAUACUAAUCGAGCUGUGCAAACUGCAGCCAGGCACCUUACCUCAGGUGCUCGCCCAGGCUACCGAGAUCCUGUUCAUGCGCAUCGACUCCAUGAACACCUCGUGCUUCGAUCGCUUUGUCAACUGGUUUAGCUACCAUUUGAGCAAUUUCAAGUUCACCUGGUCCUGGGACGAAUGGGACAGCUGCCUGCUGCUCGAUGCUGAACAUCCGCGUCCCAAGUUCAUUCAGGAGGUGCUCCAAAAGUGCUUACGUCUGUCCUACCAUCAGCGCAUUACCGAAAUGAUGCCCACAACAUAUGCAAAGCUGAUUCCGGCUCCACCUGUGCCCAACUACAAGUACACGAACGAGGAGGCUGCCAAUCUGCCCGGCAUAACGGUUGCCCUACAGCUGGUCGGCGCCAUCCGGCAGAAGUGCACACCCGAGGAGGUGGUCAACAUACUGAAGGAGAUACCCAACACCGGCUACAGCGGCGAAGAGAUGUCCGAUGGCAGCUUCAAUGCACUCAAAAUCGAUGUCUUUGUGCAGACGCUGCUCAAUUUGGGCUCGAAGUCGUUCUCGCAUAGCUUUGCGGCCAUAUCGAAAUUUCAUGCGGUAUUCCGUGCACUGGCCGAAACGGAGGAGGCCCAGAUCUGUAUACUGCAUAACAUAUUUGAGCUCUGGUCGUCGCACCAGCAGAUGAUGGUGGUGCUGAUCGAUAAGCUGCUCAAGCUGCAAAUAGUCGACUGCUCGGCGGUGGCCACAUGGAUAUUCUCCAAGGAAAUGACCGGCGAAUUCACAAAAAUGUAUCUCUGGGAAAUACUGCAUCUGACCAUCAAGAAGAUGAACAAGCACGUCAUCAAGCUGAAUACUGAGCUAAGUGAAGCUAAGGAGAAGCUCUCCAAGGCGGACUCAUCGUCCAGCGAUACGGAUGAGGAUACGCCGCACAAACGCAAGAAACCCAUCACGCAUGCAGAUAAACCAUCCGAGGAGGUCGUCGAGCGCAUGGAGGAGAAGCUGGAGGCUGCCAAUGUGAAUCAGAAGCGGUUGUUCCUGAUCGUCUUCCAGCGCUUCAUCAUGAUACUAUCCGAGCAUCUGUUGCGAUCCGACACAGAUGGACGCGAUCCGGACACGGAUUGGUAUCGCUGGACGAUUGGUCGCUUGCAGCAGGUCUUCCUUAUGCAUCACGAGCAAGUGCAGAAAUAUAGCAGCACGCUGGAGACGCUUCUCUUCACAUCCGAUCUGGACUCCCACAUAUUGGAGGUGUUCCAGCAGUUUGUCGCACUCCGCGCCUAACAGAUUUCAAUAGCAAGAACAACAAAAACAACUACAACAACAAUAAUUGCUAGCUGCCUAUUACAUUGGCUCUGGCUCUGGAUCAGCAUCAUGCGGCAUGCAGCAGCCAAACAGCUGCGCUUCAAGCAGUCUUUUAGUUCGGAUUUAGUUUUUAGUUUUUUUUAUGUAUGCAUACAAAUAUAACUUUAACAAUGGCAACACACACAACCAGAACAUCUGCAGAAAACGACAAAUUUUGUAAUUUGCAAACAACAAAAUGCACGAAUUAAAGCAAUGCAA